AUGGCGCCCAACUUCGACUACACCACCAAGGCCAGCGAGCUCGUGGCUUGGUACGCCCCUUUCAUUACUGGCAAGGUCAUUCUCGUUACCGGAGUCUCUACCGGAGGUCUCGGCGAGAGAUAUGUCAAACAGGUCGCUGCAGCCAAGCCUAGCCUCUUCAUCCUGACAGGUCGUUCCAUCUCGAAAUUGGAAGCCGUCAAGGCAGAUCUCAACGCCGUGCUUCCUGAAAUCAAGGUCAAGAUCGUCUCUAUGGACCUUCUCUCAUUCGCUGAUGUCAGGAAGGCCGCCGCUACGGUGAAUUCCUGGGACGAUGUUCCUCACAUUGAUAUCUUGGUCAAUAAUGCAGGCAUUAUGGCGGUGCCAUAUAGCAAGUCCGAGGAUGGGUUCGAAAGCCAGUUCCAGACAAAUCAUCUCAGUCACUUCCUCUUCACCAAUCUCCUUAUCGAGAAGGUCCUUGCCUCUACGGCUCCGCGCAUUGUCACAGUCUCUAGUAACGUGCAUCGCGUCGGCAACAUCCGAUGGGAGGAUUACAAUUUCGGGGACGGGCAGCGCUACCAGAGAUGGUUGUCGUACGGCCAGUCUAAGACGGGCAAUGCUCUAAUGGGUCUCUCACUCGCCGAGAAACUCGGUUCCCGGGGCCUUCUCUCCUUUCCUAUGUGUCCCGGCACCAGCUACACGAACCUGUCGGCGCACGGAGCCGCUGACUUCGCCGCUUUCGCCGCCGACCUUACCGAUAUGGACAACAUCUAUGGUAAUAAGUGGGGUUGCGGCAUGGGCGAACUCCAAUUCAAGGACCCGGACCAGGGAGUUGCCACCCAUGUCUUUGCGUCGUUCGACACCAGCAUCGCGGGUCAGAACGGUGCCUUUGUGACUGAUUGCCAUAUUGCGGACCAGGCUAAGGAGGAAGUCUACUCCUGGGCGACAAGCAAGGUCGAUGCCGAGAGGUUGUGGAAGCUCAGCGAGAAGCUUGUCGGCCAGGAAUUCAAGUAUUAA